ACUCCUCCGCGCUCUCCCAUUGGCCGAGCCUCCCUGUGGGCGUGUCGCGGCGGGUCGGCGGGCUCUGGAAGGUUCCGGCGGCGCCUCAGAGCGGCGGCGCGGGGGAUGGGGAAGGACUAUUACCGCACGCUGGGGCUGCCCCGCGGCGCCUCGGCCGAGGACGUGCGGCGGGCCUACCGCCGGCAGGCCCUGCGCUUCCACCCCGACAAGAACAAGGAGCCGGGCGCCGAGGAGCGCUUCAAGGAGGUGGCCGAGGCCUACGACGUGCUCAGCGACCCCAAGAAGAGGGAGAUCUUCGACAAGUACGGGGAGGAGGGGCUGAAAGGGGGCGCCCCAACUUCCAGCCAGGGGGGUUCCAAUGGCCCCACCUUCACCUAUACAUUCCGGGGGGACCCCCACCAGAUGUUCGCCGAAUUCUUCGACGGUCGCAACCCCUUCGACACCUUCUUCGUCCAACGCAACGGAGACGACGAUGACGGCGACGACACCUUCACCACUUUCCACAUGGGGGGGUUCGGCAACGUCAGCUUCCCCCGCGGCCGGGGGGGCGCCGAGGGCGCGUGCCGCAAGCAAGACCCCCCGGUUUUGUACGACCUGAAGGUGUCGUUGGAGGAGAUCUACACCGGUUGUACCAAGAAGAUGAAGAUCUCCCACAAGCGCCUCAACCCCGACGGGAAAACGGUGCGCAACGAGGACAAGAUCCUGACCAUCGAGGUGAAGCGGGGCUGGAAGGAGGGCACCAAGAUCACCUUCCCCAAGGAGGGCGACCAGACGCCCAACAACAUCCCGGCCGACGUGGUCUUCGUGCUCAAGGACAAACCGCACAACGUGUUCCGCCGGGAGGGGUCGGACAUUGUCUACCCGGCGAAGAUCAGCCUGAGAGAGGCGCUGUGCGGCUGCACCGUGAACACCCCGACGCUGGACGGCCGCACCAUCCCCAUGGUGUUCCAGGACGUGCUGAAGCCGGGGGUGAAGCGGCGCAUCCCGGGCGAGGGGCUCCCCCUCCCCCGCAGCCCCGACCAGCGCGGGGACCUGGUCAUCGAGUUCGAGGUCAAAUUCCCCGACAGGAUCCCCCCGGCCUCGCGGACCCUCCUGGAGCAGAUCCUGCCCGUCUGACCCCCCAAAACACACCGGGGGGGGGGCGGGACCAUGUGGGGACCAUAUGGGGACCAUUUGGGGACCAUUUGGGGACCAUAGAGGGGGGUCUGGGUGUCCUCAACCCACCCCUAAGUCAUGGGGACCUGGGCU